AUGGGGCGGCGUCCUGCCUCGACAUCUGCUCUAGUUACCUUCUUGAUACUCAUUUGUCCGCUGAUCAGCGCACAACAGGUUGCGCCAAUCGCAAGCCCAGCACUCUUUGCUGCGAACGCUGCCAAUGCUGCUAAGCAAGGUUCGUCGUCUCUUGUAUCGUCAUCAAAUACAGCCGCCUUUGCGCAAUCAAUGAGUACAGCUGCUACCAAUCAACCGCUGACAGUCCUUUUCACAAGUCAAUUAGCCAAUGCGCUGUCGGAGGGCUGGAACAACAAUGUUUCCCAACAGUGCACAACAGCUGCCUCUGCGUUGCUCGCAUCCAUCGCAUCGGGCGCCAUCGCAGCAGAUACGGCGCCUGUACCAGGCAACGUCGUUGCUUGCUACAACAUCGCCUCUUGGGAACCCAUCACAGGUCUAUUUGCAGGGGAUCUUCGGCUCUAUAGCCAAAUGCCUGCGCAAUCCUUUGGCAAUAUUUCAAUGCGCGUGAGUUUUGGUAAAUUGGCAACAUUGCGCAGCUUCACAGACAGUAAGUCUGGCUCGACCUCUGCUCCUCUGCAGAAAAGACAAUUGAAUCAAAUCGUGUCGGCUUUUUCAAGUUUGGCUGGUGGCAAUAGUGUCUCCCCCUCGAAUGCUGUCCCCAACACGAGUUCUAGCGCUUCAAGUUCUUCAAACACAUCCAACAAGGGCACCACUGCAAAAAGUAACUCUGCAUCAGAUCAAUCAGCGUCAAAAGGUGGCGCAGGCGUAGCUCCUGUACCUCCCAAACAGUCCAACUCUGCUACAACAGCCAAAACACCUCCGCCACCAAGCCAACCCGUGCCCGCCGCAAAACCUGCCGCAGGCAGUAAUGCAGCCCCAGUAGCUCCUGCCGCGAGACCUGCCACAGCCGCUGGCGUUGCGCAACCAGCAAGUGGUCUCAAGCCCAUUCAAGCGGAAGACCGAUCAGGCGGAGCGCGUGCGCCUGUUCCUGCUGCCGUCCUUCCAAAUGAAAAGGGGAAUAGGCCUGUCACUCAAAAUACUCCUGUUGGUUCUGCGCCCAACAGCCCUGUCGCUGUAGCACCGCAACGUCUUCUUGACCAAGCGCCGGUGGCUCAACAACAAGCGAGUGAUCCUGCCACUGCACCACAAGAAGUCGAGCGCUUCCAAUUCCUUGCGCAAGCAUCAUUACCUGUUGCGUCGGCAGAUGCGUCAGGUGAAGGACUGAUGAGAGCGUUAAUACCGAAUAUUGUGUUAUUGGUAUCACAGAAAGACGCCGUGCAGGCAGAACCCAUCAUGAUUGACUUGGUUGGUCGGACAGCUGGUUUUGUGGCUGGUCUGCCGAUGCCUCGAGGACCCUUUGUUCCUCUUUCUGGAUUCAUGAGCACUUAUCGUGGACUUGGCGGCCGUGGAGGUUCACUACCCGGGCGUACCUUGCUUGGUCUAGAUGGCUCAGUCACGCUAGGUUCCAUCGGUCUGGCACUGACAUGGAGCACCUUAUUCGCAGCGGCAUGGAUCUUUGGUGUCAUGAACAGAUUCAAUCAAAGACAGUCGUACAGAAAGCUCAAGCUACAGUUCUAA